AUGUCGUUGGACGUUGUCCGAAGUCUGAGUACGAUAUGUUCGCAAACACAUUUUUCACCGUCAGUGGUAGCGACAGUGCCUCUAUUUCGUCCGCCGCCAUCAUGUUCCAAAGCUGUAGAAGAAGUUAUCUUAAAUGAAGAAGCAAGGGAUGGCGCAUCAACAUGCCAUCAGACGAAUAUCAAUAUGCUUGUCCAAAAAGAUUCAUUCGAUGUUAACAAAUUUCUGCAGAGUGCGGCAGAUUCUAUUGUUGAUCUUUUCAUCGUUUUAAUUUGGAUGGAACGAUCAACAGUAAAAAUCAUAGUUGACACGUUUGAAGCACUUGCGGCUGCAGCUAAUUGUGAGCGUGCAGCUUUGAAAGUUGUUCGCAAAGUUGGUGCAAUACGAAAUCAGUUUACAGUAAGCACUCGCCUCCUUGAAAAGAUUACGUUUUUCGCAAUAAACUACAUCGUUGCGGACGUGACUGAAAAACACAAGCUUUGUUUAGUGCAUAUGACUAUGUCUCGAAAUUCUGAAAUUAAUAAAGUAUGUCGCAGAUUUUUCAAAUUGCAUGUUGUAGAGGAGACUUCGGGCUACAAAAGUGGCAGCAAGGGCUUUUCUAAAUCAUUUGUAUAUUUGGCACCGGAAUUCAUUUAAGUCGUCGUUGCGGACGUGACAGAGUACGAAAUCCAAAAGGAAAAAAAUCAUUGCUGUUACGUUCUUGUCAGCUCUGAGACAUCUACUUAAGGGUACCCCUCCCCUCUUUUUGGGCUUUCCGUGGAAAUGCUGUGAAAUAAAAACUACAAUUCGCUAGGGCUUCGCAUUUUCAGAACUGAUCGGAAACUUAAUGGAGCACUUUUUCGUUCUUGUUUCAAGUUUUCAAGUAUGGUUGUUCACUAGUUUUUCAGAAAACUCGGUUUUUCAUUGUGCCACAUUAUGAACCCCCUUAAAUUUCAUCCGAUCGUGUUCAAAAUUUUACCAGAGGUACUCAAGAUACUAUUGCAGAGCUAUAUUUUUGGAAGGUUAUUUCAGACUUUUCCUUACCGAGUUAUAGGGUUUCCAAAAUUGAAAAACUUGGUUUUUGAGACGUUUUUCAGUAUUUUCCCCAUAACUCGACCAGGAAAGGUCUGAAAAAAAUUUCCGAAAAAUUAGCUCUGCGGAAUGCCCUUGAAUACCUCUGGUAAAAUUUGCACUGACACCCGCUGACUAUCGGUAGCCUUAAAGACGUAUGCGCUAUGGGUAAUCGACCAUGCUGAGCUUCGUGGCAAUAUUUGUUUUUCUGAACAGUUUCAGAAACUUAGCGAAGACGUAUAUUAGAUGAAAUAUCCCAUUUCCGCCUAUUUUCGAAAAAUU